AUGCCGCGUGUUGAGUGUGCACCGAUUGGCAUUGAAUCUGUGACCUCUUCACAAACGACUGGAGCACACUCUCUGAUUCUGGAGGAGAUUGCAUUAUCCGAACCGGAUCCACAGAGGAUGGACUCCGGACUCUUGAUCGCAAAAGAUUUGCACUUACUCUCCCUCGAUAUCUGUGAAAAGACAUUCGGUGUGUGGAAUAUUAAAACCGCCAAGCAUAUCGACAACCUUGGACGAGUCUUUCAGGCUCUGAAGCGAAAUACUCUGGCGGAACAAUUAUAUCUGAAGGCGAUUUCGAUCCAAGAGCGCUUUCUGGGGCCGAAUGAUUUUGAGGUGGGUCUCAGUAUUGAGCACCUAGCCAGUCUCUACAAUUACCAAAUGGGCGAGUAUAAAAAGGCUGAGGCGCUCUACCUACGAUCUGUUCAAAUAAGUCUAGAUGCAUUCGGACCAGGAUACAGUGGAUUGGAGUAUGAUUAUCAGGGUCUUCAAAGUGUCUAUCGGGAAAUGAAUAAUAUUGAUAAAAUGAGGGAGUAUAUCCAAAUCUUUGACGAAUGGUAUGAGUACCGACAGCAUCACGUGCCCCUGUUUUCUAGCGCUAUUGUCGAGGACGCAAUGAAAGAUUACCUUGAGCCUUCUUCUCCCUCUGUUACGCAUCUGGACACCAUAUGGAGAGAAUUCCGCUACAUAUUUGAGACGCAGUUGGGUGGAGUCAGAAAUUGA